AUGACCACUCCAACUCAGGAACUGCCUCGUUUGGAGAUCGCUCCCCCGUCUCACCGAUCCUCCGACGACGACAGCACUGCUGUUGGCCAGGAUAGACAAGAUGGAAGCGUGGACAGCAAGCUACUACACCAGCGCUUGAUGGUUGAGACAAGUCGGGAUCCCAAUAUGCACUUCGAGGAUUCCAGACCAUCUCCAUCUCAAACAAGGGAAGAGGCCUACCGUCUGGACGAUGAGAUCCUGCUACAAAAGGCCGAGAGGCUUACGUCUAUGGAGUCUCGGCCAUCAGACGCAGGACGGGACUCUACAAACCUACAUCGAACGCGCUCCAGAGUACCAGAACCACUGGACGAAUUCGAUACCGCCACAAAUCCUAUCCACGAACGUACUGCCAUAUACAAGCCACCGGAGAAUCCUAGCACCAAGGUUGCGAGAUUCUUCAAAUACAUCCACCAGUCUAGUUUUGUGAUUCGCUAUUUCACCUACAUUGUUCCUGUCACAGUUCUCUUGUUGAUCCCUGUGUUGAUGGGAGCUCUACUACCGGCAGGGAAACGCGCAAGUGUUGGAGGGGUGGAGCUGCUCUGGUUCGGUGUCUGGCUCGAAAUCAUCUGGCUGACGCUGUGGGCUGGUCGAAUCUCCGCCAGACUGAUCCCCUAUCCUCUUGGGCUUAUCGCCAGCCUGUUCACCAAUAAUGCUAAAAAGUGGCGAGACUUGGGCAAGGCGCUUGAGAUCCCGGCCACUCUCUUCUUCUGGUGGCUUGGUAUUGAGAUUUCGUUCUUGCCUACAAUGACAAAUCACCACAUCAAUGGCAAUCGACACACGCAGCAUUGGGAAGUGGUUCUCAACAAGGUCAUCGUUUCGGUCUUCGUGGGCAUGACUCUGAACUUUAUUGAAAAAAUCAUCAUCCAGCUGAUCGCGAUUUCGUUCCACCUACGAACUUAUGCCGACCGUAUCGAGAUCAACAAGUUCCAGAUUGGCAGUCUUACGAAAUUGUACAUCUUCUCGAAGGCUCAAAUCGCUAUGGAAGACACAGAGUUCGAGGAAAAACCAACAGGACCAGGGUCGGGUGCCCGAACGCCUGCCAAAUACGCAGCUCAAGCUCAGCAUGUCAUCAACAAAGCUUUCGCGAAAGUGGGUGAUGUGGCCGGAACAGUUGCGGGCGACUUCACGGGCAAGAGUAUCGCCAAAAGUGGCCAUCCGUCACAAGUGGUCUUGACCCUUCUCAAUACCACAACUGGCUCUCAAGUGCUGGCGCGCCGUCUAUAUCGGACAUUUGUCCGUGAAGGAAGCGAGACAGUCGCGUCAGACGACUUGAAAGCGGCGUUUGACAACGACGAUGAAGCCGAUGCAGCCUUCAGCAUGUUUGACAAGGACAUGAAUGGCGACAUCUCGAUGGAAGAGCUUGAGGCUGUGUGUGUGGAAAUUGGCCGAGAACGGAAAUCGAUCACCGCCUCUCUCAAAGAUUUGGAUUCUGUGGUCAGCAAGUUGGAUAAUGUUUUAUUCUUCAUCGUCGCCGUCAUCACCAUCCUCGUCCUAAUCUCUCUCAUAUCGACUUCGGCGGCUGGCGUUCUCACCUCUGCUGGCUCGGCUGUUCUAGCCCUGUCGUGGUUGUUUUCCGCCACCGCGCAGGAAUUCCUCCAAUCUUGCAUCUUUGUCUUCGUCAAGCAUCCUUUUGAUGUAGGAGAUCGAGUUAGUAUCUACGGCAACACCGGUGCUUCACUCCAAGGUGACGAUUAUUUUGUCAAGGAAAUAUCUCUUCUUUUCACGGAGUUCAAGAAGAUGGAAGGACAUGUUGUGCAGGCACCCAACUCCUACCUCAACACGCUUUUCAUCCUCAACAUGCGGCGCACAGGUGGACUCGCCGAAGCGGUGCCGAUUGUGAUCAGAUUUGGCACGACUCUUGAACAGAUUGAAGGCUUGCGCAACGCACUUCUCGAAUUCGUCAGGUCAGAAAAGCGUGAGUACCAGGGCAACAUCUUGACCGAACUCCGUGAGGUUCACGAAGCAUACUCGUUGACAUUGAACGUGGUCUUCUUCUACAAAUCCAACUGGCAAAACGAGUUGCUUCGUCUGCAGCGAAGAAACAAAUUCAUCUGCGCCUUGAUGGUAUCGAUGCAAGAUCUUGGUAUCGAAGGGCCCCGCCGCAAUCAAGCUGGUUGGAGGCCAGAUGUACCAUAUUUCAUGCAAUUGCCUCCAGGUGCUCCGCCUCUGGUUCAGCUGGGUAAUGCGGCUGGUCCGGAUGGCGGCGCACCAGGCGGGAGCAUGACCGGCGGAGCAAUCCACCAGACACCCAUCAGCGGAACCUCCUUGGAUCACCCCUCGAUCUUGCGACGUCGACCCAGCACCGGCCAGCUUGGACGUCCUCGGGGCGAGUCUCUGUCCAGUCUAGCGAAGCGAGUCGAUUUCUCGCUCGGAAUGAAGGAUGUCAGCUCUGGAGAGCAGUUAUCUGACGUGUAUGAAGAUCGACGACGUCCGGAAUUUGAUGAGGUGAUCCGGCAAACAAACCGGAUCGAGGAAGAACGACGAGUUGCGGAGUCUCAAGAUCGCGAGAGCACUGGAAGAUCUACGUCUCGUGAUCAGCAGCCCCAUACGAUGAGUGGAAUCUUGAGGAGAUCGACUACACAAAGCGUCGCUGGCAGUCAGCGGACCGCUUCAGUGGCGACCCAUCGAGCUUCGAUCAGCAGUCAAGAGACGCACCGGAAUCGAUUCCUGCAGCGGUUCAAUCGUACAGGACGAAGCAUCGAUCUCCCCCGCGACUCCCUAGCCGAGGAAGGUCAUGCCCCUCCACUUUCGCCCAUUGACGCAAGGUCUGGUCAUGUCAGCUCUCAGGCUGUGCGCAUGAAUUCUGCUCUUUCUGGUCCGACCGAACCUUUUCCUGCCGUGGCUCCAGCAUCCACGCACGCCGAGGACUUUGAAGCUCGCAGGACUGGGCAGAAUGGCGCUUGA